UUGGGAGCGGAGAGCUCCUUCUUGGUACUCUUCUUCCCUCUCCCACCUUUUUGUCUGGUGUUAUCGCUUCCUGCUUUCCCGACUAAUUUCUGGAGGAGCAGAGUGUUCACAGGAUGAGUUAUAUUUUGACAACACUAAGAACGAAGCAUGAAGUUGACAACAUUAUCAGAGAUACAAUUGACAAGGUUCUUGUCCUGCGCUUUGGUAGACAAUCAGAUAUCGGCUGCCUGCAACUUGAUGAGAUUAUUGCAAAGUCUUCACAAGAAAUUUCCAAGUUUGCAACUGUUGCACUGGUAGAUGUUGAUUCUGAAGAGAUCCAAGUCUAUGUUAAAUAUUUUGACAUCACAAGGAUUCCGUCUACUAUCUUUUUCUUUAAUGCUCAUCACAUGAAGAUGGACUCUGGGACUCCGGACCAUACUAAAUGGGUUGGUAUCUUCCAAAGGAAGCAAGAUUUUAUUGAUGUUGUUGAGGCAAUAUUUAGAGGAGCUAUGAAAGGCAAGUUGAUCGUGACCUGUCCUCUGCCUCCUGAGAGAAUACCCAAAUUCCAGUUGCUAUUCAAAGAUUUGUAGAAAAAAAUACUGGAAAGUGGGAGGGUGUAACGUGAAUUCAGGGGUUCAUCCAUUCAACUUACUGUCUCUGCUGUGUUAACUCGUGUAUAUGCAAAGUAUCGGCAAUAUUGGUA